AAUUAUCCCAAAUAAUUUAAUUUCGGUUUUUCAAUUUUGUUGUUCUCCUCCGCAGCUUUCCACUCCUACCCGCGCGCCGCCACUCUCUUCCCGGAGAUCGUCGAAUCUAUCAAACAGCGCAAGUUCCCUUCUCACGCUCUCAGCAGCGCCAAGUUCUCCGGCCGUCUGUCGCCUCCCGUGUCUUCGUCUUCCAGUAGUCGUCCGGUCGUCGUCGUCGCCGCCUUCCUGCGGUGCCCUCCAGUCGCCGUCAUUGUCUCAGUUCCGUGUAGUGGAGAACCCAAAAGAAUACAUAUGCAGGGAAGUGGACAUUGUAGUUGAUCAUGUUGGAAAUGUUUCUUCCAGUCUUGACGGGCUUAUCUCUCAAACAAAUGCAUUUUCUGAUGCUGAGUUAAGAGAAUCCAAUGCCUCAAACAAAUAUUCAAAGCAAUUGAUGUGCCUAUAGAGUGGGAAGAGCACUAUGUAGAAACUGAAAUUGACCCUAUGACACAGAUCUUUCAGACAUGCUAAAGCUUGGAAUCACAUUGGCAAAAUCGGGUUUGCUUGAAAGGGCCAAUGGCCACUCCCAUUGGAAAAGGGAAUUGUUCAUUGAACCUUUUCCUACGAAAUUGGAGAAACCUUUGCUUCCAUUUCCAUCGAUUCUCAACUUCUUCCAUCGAGUCUUCUUCUCCCUUACCCUUCAAAUCCAUCACUUCCACUAUUAGGACCAAGCCAAGUAAGAGGAUUCCCAAUAACAGUUCCUUCUUCAUACCCAUUCCUCAUCAAACCAUUCCUCAAGCCAAAGGCCAAGACCUUGAUUUCAUUAACGUUUCCCACAGCCACAUCAUUCACUCUCAGUGGGAAAAUCUCCAACCUUUCUCACAUUCCCUCACACCCUUCAGGGUCAAACACAUCCUCCUCAAGCUCAAAAAUGACGCCGUUCUCUCCCUCAAAUUUUCCAACUGGGUCCAAAACCAAAACCCUAGUUGCCACUCCCUCGAAACACACGCCAUCUUACUCCAUACUCUUGCCAAAAACCGAAACUUUAGAGCCAUUCAAACGCUCCUCAAGAGGAUCAUCGCUGAUUCAGGCGCUUUGGAUUUGGAUUUGCCUUCUAAGCUCUUUGAAUCAUUGUUGUGUUCUUACCGUUUGUGUGAUUCCACCCCUCUUGUUUUUGAUGCGCUUUUCAAGACUUUUGCGCAUUUGAAUAAGAUUAGGAAUGCCACUAACACGUUUUGCCGCAUGAAGGAGUAUGGGUUCUUCCCCACUGUUGAGUCCUGCAAUGCUUUCAUGAGUUCUCUGAUUCAUUUGCAGAGGCCUGAGGUAGCUUUGUUGUUCUACUGCGAGAUGCGUAGGUCUUGUGUUUCGAUCAAUGUAUACACUGUUAACAUGGUUAUAUGUGCUUAUUGCAAGUUAGGGGAGUUGCAGAAGGGUUUUGAGGUGUUGGAGAAGAUGAGGGACAUGGGUUUGAGUCCAAAUGUUGUGUCGUUUAAUGCAUUGAUUGCAGGGUAUUGUAAUAAGGGUAUGGUUAGUUUGGCAUUGAAGGUUAAGUCCUUGAUGGAGCAUAAUGGGGUGCAACCAAAUGUGGUUACUUUUAACACCAUCAUCAAUGGGUUCUGCAAGGAGAGGAAGUUGCAUGAGGCUAAUAAGGUUUUCAAUGAGAUGAAGGGUUGCAAUGUGGCUGCUAAUAUUGUGACAUACAAUACUUUGAUCAAUGGGUAUAGUUCAGUUGGGAACAGCGAAAUGGGGACAAGGCUUUAUGAGGAGAUGAGGAGGGAUGGGAUUAAGGCUGAUAUACUGACUUAUAAUGCAUUGAUUUUGGGAUUGUGUAAGGAGGGGAAAACGAAAAAGGCUGCGUAUCUGGUUAAGGAACUUGAUAAGGAGAACUUGGUCCCAAAUGCGUCAACCUUUUCGGCACUGAUCACCGGGCAGUGUGCGAGAAAGAACUCUGAGCGUGCCUUUCUUAUUUAUAGGAGCAUGAUAAGGAGUGGUUGUAAUCCGAAUGAGCAUACGUUCAAGAUGUUGAUGUCUGCUUUCUUGCAUAAUGAAGACUUUGAUGGUGCUGUGCAGGUCUUGAGGGACAUGUUGGGCAGGUCGAUGGCUCCUGAUUCUCUUGUCUUGUCUGAGCUCUGUGGUGGACUUUGUAGGUGUGGGAGAAAUCAAUUGGCAUCCACACUAUGUAGUGAGAUGGAAAAUAAGCAUCUAUUGCCGGAAGGUUUUGACAAAGGACAGAUAACCAUUGAUCAUCCAGAGAAUGAGACAAAGAACUGAACUUAUCAGGUUUCUUUCCCAUAUGUAGUUUUCAACUAUUGAAGCUGUCCAAAUACAUAACUUAUUGGAUGUGCAUAUCUUAUUCCGAACAUGAGAAAGUUCACUGUAGAUAAGGUGUUCAAUCAAACCAAUUAUAAAAGAUAAGUAUAUCGAAUUGAGCUAUAUAUUUUCUCCAAUUGAGUGGUGGCACUCUUCAUAUUUCCUUAAGAGUGAGAAGCAUACUUGUUACUUCUAAUAAUAGGAAUUUCAGUGUCUCUCAUAAGUUGCGGUUGAGUAGAACAAAAUAAUGCAGAUUUGUGGCUCCCCAAUCAGCCUCUUCUUCACUUUUGUCUUUUGCUGCUUGCUUUAACCUUCUAGCUUUUAUCUGUUUUAGCUUAUCAUUAUAUUGUUAUUCAUUUUUGCUGGAGGUUCGAAACAUAAUAUGUGAAUAGGGUAAAAGGCCUUUGUACUAUGGACAGGCACAAGCAGAGGAUGAGAUAGGGCUAUUGCAAAAGAACAUUGUUCCUUGGCAGCCAUGAGACCUACAUUUGCUGCUAUGUUGACGAAUGAUUUAACAAUGGGCAUGUUGAGCACGAUGAGUUGGUACUCACAUAUAUGAUCUGUCAAUUAUCUAUCACAUGAAUGGAUGUGGAAUAGUCUUCAUGCUGCUGAUGACAAAUAAAGAAAGAAGUACUGCAAAUUUGAUUUGUGCAUAUUUAUGCUAUGAAAGAGAAGCUUGCAAUUGGAGGAGUGUGAUAAUAGAGCAAAGGGGAGAAUAUUGUGAAAGUUUUGAAGGUGUCCGUUACAUUCCCUGAUGAUGUAAGGGUAUUGGGAGAGAGAGGAAUAGAAGCUUCCAAUCCUAAAUCAAGGAAAAUUCCACCCCUACCUUUUCACUAUAGAAGAAGAAAUAAGAGAGGGUAAAAUGGGAAAUAUGGUUGUAACUAACUUGCGACAUGGCUUGGGUGGUGAGGGAAGCAUGAGAGCUGAGGCGUGAGGGUAUUUGAUAACAGAUUGGAGAGAGAGAAUACAGAUUUUGGGAGUAAGGAGUGAGAAUUAGACUAGGAGAGAGGCUGACUCUCUAAUAUCAGCCCCUAUCUUUCAUUUUUACUGUUUCAUUACUUCAUACUGUAAUUCUGCAUUUUCUAAAUUCAAUAUGAGUACAGGAGUGAGAUUUCCUUGAUCCACUCCCUUGAUUU